AUGGCAGUCUCUGAGAAGAAUCAGUGGGGAGAAAUUGCAGAGGGGUUCAACUUUCCCAGAAGUUGCUCUAACGCUGCCUUCGCUUUAAAACAGUAUUACUUGCGGUAUUUGGAAAAGUAUGAGAAAGUACAUCAUUUUGGGGAGGAUGAUGAUGAGGUACAACCAGGCAAUCCAAAGCCACAACUUCCUAUUGGUGCAAUUCCAUCUUCCUACAAUUACCAGCAACACAGUGUGUCAGAUUACCUUCGUCAAAGUUACGGGCUGUCUAUGGACUUUAAUUCGCCAAAUGACUAUAAUAAAUUGGUGCUUUCACUGUUAUCUGGACUCCCAAAUGAAGUGGACUUUGCUAUUAAUGUGUGUACUCUUCUGUCAAAUGAAAGCAAACAUGUCAUGCAGCUUGAAAAAGACCCUAAGAUCAUCACUUUGCUGCUUGCUAAUGCUGGGGUGUUUGACGACAUAGGAUGUUGUUCUACAAGAUUAAACUAUUCCUCACACGUACCCAGACCAAAAUAUUGUCUGACUCUGGGCCAGUCGCAAGGACUCCCAGCUUUAGGAUCAUUUUCUGCUGUAUUUGGAGAAGAAUGGAAAGAGAAAACUGAUAGAGAUUUUGUUAAGUUUUGGAAGGAUAUUGUUGAGGAUAACGAAGUACGUGACCUCAUUUCUGACCGAAACAAAUCUCAAGAUAUUCCAUCAGAAGAAUGGAUAUGGGAAUCCUUAUUUCACCCACCUCGCAAGUUGGGCAUUAAUGAUAUAGAAGGGCAGCGGGUACUUCAGAUUGCAGUGAUUUUGAGAAAUCUUUCCUUUGAGGAGGGAAAUGUUAAACUUUUGGCAGCUAAUCGCACUUGUCUUCGGUUUCUGCUGCUCUCUGCUCAUAGUCAUUUUAUAUCUCUGAGACAGCUGGGACUUGACACACUAGGAAAUAUUGCAGCAGAGCUUCUGUUGGAUCCAGUUGAUUUCAAAACUACCCAUCUUAUGUUUCACACUGUUACAAAAUGCCUGAUGUCAAGGGAUAGGUUUUUAAAAAUGAGAGGCAUGGAAAUCUUGGGGAAUCUUUGUAAAGCUGAAGAUAAUGGUGUUUUAAUUUGUGAAUAUGUGGAUCAAGAAUCCUACAAAGAAAUAAUAUGUCAUCUCACUUUACCAGAUGUUCUGCUUGUAAUCUCAGCACUUGAGGUGCUUUAUAUGCUCACAGAAAUGGGAGAAGUGGCCUGCACAAAGAUUGCUAAAGUAGAAAAGAGCAUAGAUACAUUAGUGUGUCUGAUUUCUAUGGACAUCCAGAUGUUUGGACCUGAUGCCCUUGCUGCUGUAAAACUUGUUGAACAUCAAAGCUCCAACCACCAAGUAGUGCCUGAAAUCAGGACGCAGGUAGUGGAGCAUGCUUCCUCCCAGGCCCAUGGCACAGCUGUGUCAGCAUCAAGAGCAGCACAGCAUGUUGCUCCACCACCAGGAAUAGUAGAAAUAGACAGUGAGAAAUUUGCAUGUCAGUGGUUGAAUGCACAUUUUGAGGUGAAUUCAGAUUGCUCAGUCUCUCGAGCAGAAAUGUACUCUGAAUAUCUCUCAACCUGCAGUAAAUUAGCUCGAGGUGGAAUUCUGACAUCAACUGGAUUUUAUAAAUGUCUUCGAACUGUCUUUCCAAAUCACACAGUGAAGAGAGUAGAGGAUCCGAACAACAAUGGACAGGCACAUAUACACGUGGUAGGAGUAAAAAGGAGAGCUAUACCACUUCCCAUUCAGAUGUACUAUCAGCAGCAACCAACUUCUACCCCUGUCGUCCGAAUUGAUUCUGUUCCUGAUGUAUCUCAGUCUCCUUCACCAGCAGGAAUCCCGCAUGGACCACAAAGUGUAGGAAACCAUUUUCAGAGGACAACAGUUAAUAACCAGUGUUCAAAUUUAACAGCAACACAAAUGUCUUUUCCAAUUCAAGGUGUUCACACUAUAGCACAGACUAUUUCAAGAAUUCCACAAAAUCCUUCAGUUCACACACAGCAGCAACAAAAUUCUCCACUGACUGUCAUACAAAAUAAAGCUCCAAUUUCCUGUGAAGUAGUCAAGGCCACGGUAAUACAGAGCUCUGUUCCCCAGUCUGCGGUUCCUGUUACUAUUGCUGUAGGAGGAGCAGCAUCUAAUCAAAAUCACAGCAGUGCAGGACCACAGCCAUCUGUUACUGUUGUCAGUUCUCAGACAUUGCUUCACCACCAACCUGUAAUUCAACAACAGUCUCCACUACACGCAGUGGUACCAGGACAGAUACCAUCAGGCACUCCUGUUACAGUAAUUCAACAAGCUGUACCUCAGGGUCACAUAUUUGGCAGAGUACAGAACAUACCAGCAUGCACUUCAGCAGUUUCACAGGGUCAGCAGUUAAUCACGACAUCGUCACCUGUGCAGACUUCAUCUCAGCAAUCUUCUGCUGGUAACCAGCAACAGGACACAGUCAUCAUAGCACCCCAACAGUAUGUCACGACAUCUGCGUCCAAUAUUGUUUCUGCCACUACAGUACAGAAUUUCCAAGUUGCAGCCGGGCAGAUGGUUACUAUUGCUGGUGUCCAAAAUCCACAAACGUCUAGGGUAGGAUUCCAGAAUAUUGCGCCAAAGCCUCUACCUUCUCAGCAGGUCCCUCCUACUGUGGUACAACAGCCGAUGCAGCAACAGCAGCAGCAGCAACCAUCGCAACAAAGUGUAGUGAUUGUAAGCCAGCCAGCUCAACAAGGUCAAACAUAUGCACCAGCCAUUCACCAAAUUGUGCUUACUAAUCCAACUUCUAUUCCACCUGGUCAAACUGUCCAGUUGACUGGGCAGCCAAAUUUAACUCCGUCUUCCUCACCAUCCCCUGGACCAGUUACAAAUAACCAAGUCCCUGCUGUAAUGUCAUCUACAUCUACCACUCAGUCACAAGGACCCCCUCCUACUGUUAGCCAGAUGCUGUCUGUAAAGAGACAACAACAGCAGCAACAUUCACCAGCACCAUCACAGCAACAGGUACAAGUCCAGCAACAGCAACCGAUACAAAUGCAGGUUCAGCCACAGCAAGCUAACGCAGGAGUCAGCCAGCCUAACUCCGGUGAAUCUAGUCUGAUAAAACAACUGCUUCUUCCAAAAAGAGGCCCUUCAACUCCAGGUGGUAAACUUAUACUCCCAGCUCCACAGAUCCCUCCACCUAACAAUGCAAGAGCUCCUAGCCCUCAGGUGGUUUAUCAGGUGGCCAAUAACCAAGCAUCCAGUUUUGGAGUUCAAGGACAGUCUCCUGCUCAGCAGCUACUAGUUGGACAGCAAAAUGUUCAGCUGGUUCCGAGUGCAAUCCAGCCCCAAGGGGCAGUACAAACAGUACCCAUUUCUAAUUUGCAAAUAUUGCCUGGCCAGUUGAUCUCAAAUAGCCCAGCAACUAUUUUCCAAGGGACUUCUGGCAACCAAGUUACUAUAACUGUUGUGCCAAAUACUAGUUUUGCUCCCGCAACUGUGAGUCAGGGAAAUGCAACUCAGAUCAUUGCUCCAGCAGGAAUUGCAGUGAGUGGAACGCAGGCAGGAGUUGGGCUACAGGUGCAAACACUUCCGACUACUCAAGCACCUCCAGCUGGACAAUCACCAUGUGCUGCUGCUGCUCCCCCAUUCAAAGGUGAUAAAAUAAUUUGCCAAAAGGAGGAAGAAGCAAAGGAAGCAACAGGUUUACACAUUCAUGAACGUAAAAUUGAAGUAAUGGAGAAUCCCUCCUGUCGAAGAGGAGCUGUGAAUGCCAGCAAUGGAGAUGCAAAUGAAAAUGAAAUGCAGGUGGGAAGUCUUUUAAAUGGGAGAAAGUAUAAUGACUCCAGUCUACCUCCUUCUAACUCAGGGAAAGCUCAAAAUGAGGCCAAUCAGUGCUUACAAGUCAGUAAUGGGCCAUCAUUAGAAUUGGGUGAGAAUGGAUCUCCUGGAAAGCAGAACUUUGAGCAAAUGGACACACAGGAAAUUAAAAGUGAUUUGAAGAAGCCCUUGGUUAAUGGAAUCUGUGAUUUUGAUAAAGGUGAUGGUUCUCAUUUGAGCAAAAACAUUCCAAAUCACAAAACUUCCAAUCAUGUAGGAAAUGGUGAGAUAUCUCCAGUGGAACAACAAGGGAAUUUGGAUGCCACACAGCAAGAUACUGCCAAAGGUGAUCAAGGGGAAAGAAUUUCUAAUGGGCCUGUAUUAACUUUGAAUAGUUCACCUGUUGUAAGCGGUACACAGGAGUCUGCAAAACUGUUACCCCAACAACUUAGUGGUACCAAUACUGAUUUACCUAAUGGACCUCUAGCUUCAAGUGUGAAUUCAGAUGUGCCUCAGCAACGCCCAAGUGUAGUUGUCUCUCCACAAUCUACAGCCUCUGUUAUACAGGGGCAUCAAAUCAUAACAGUUCCACACUCGGGAUCCAGAGGGUCCCAAUCUACCCUGUCAUCUGAAGUUCGGUCUACUAAUGGCACAGCAGAAUGCAAAACUGUAAAGAGGCCAGCAGAGGAUAAUGAUAGGGAAACUGUUCCAGGAAUUCCAAAUAAAGUAGGAGUUAGAAUUGUUACAAUCAGUGACCCCAACAAUGCUGGUUGCAGUGCUACUAUGGUUGCUGUGCCAGCUGGAGCGGAUCCAAGCACUGUAGCUAAAGUAGCAAUAGAAAGUGCUGUUCAGCAAAAGCAGCAGCAUCCAGCAACAUAUGUACAAAGUAUGGUCACACAGGGCACACCUGUGACAUCGGUACCAACAGUGCAAGUACAGGGACAGCAGAUCAAUUUGCAGCCACCCUCAUACACUGCAGCAAGUCAGCACGGAGAGCAAGCAAAAAAACCGGGACAGAACUUCAUGUGUCUGUGGCAGUCAUGUAAAAAGUGGUUUCAAACACCAUCGCAGGUUUUCUAUCAUGCAGCCACUGAACAUGGUGGAAAAGAUGUCUAUCCAGGGCAGUGCUUAUGGGAGGGCUGUGAACCUUUCCAGCGGCAAAGAUUUUCCUUCAUUACCCACUUACAGGAUAAGCACUGCUCCAGAGAUGCUCUGCUUGCAGGAUUGAAACAAGAUGAACAUGGACAAGCAGGAAAUCAGAAACCUCCUAAUAAGCCACCAAAUGCAGGGGGUACUGCCUCUGCUCCCAGAGCACAGAAGGCCAUUGUGAAUCAUCCUAGUGCUGCCCUCAUGGCAUUAAGGAGGGGAUCAAGAAACCUUGUCUUCAGAGAUUUCACAGAUGAAAAAGAGGGACCAAUAACUAAACACAUCCGAUUAACAGCUGCCUUAAUAUUAAAAAAUAUUGGUAAAUAUUCAGAAUGUGGUCGCAGAUUGCUAAAGAGACAUGAAAAUCAUCUAUCAGUGCUAGCCAUUAGUAACAUGGAAGCUUCCUCCACACUUGCCAAAUGCCUUUAUGAACUUAAUUUUACUGUCCCAAGUAAAGAACAAGAUAAAGUCUCCGAAAUGCUGCAGUGAGAAAAGUCCCACUUGUACAUCGGGACAGAGAUAGUCAAAUACAUUUCAAAUACUGUUACUGAAGAAAGCACCAAGUCUUAAUAGAACAGAGACCAUAGAUUGAAUUAUUUUAUCUCCUCCCAUGAUGCUGAGAGGAAGCUUUGCAUUCUGAUCACUGAACAAAUCCCUUUGUUCUGCUUAGAAAGAGGAAAAAACUGCCAUGGGAUUUUCAGCCAGCUAUCUGCAGGAUGUCUCUCAAAUCUGAUAACUCCUGAAGGGAACUGGUGUGGUCAGAAUUCAGUACCAUCCACAUUGGAAUAAACAUGAAAUAUUGUAAAACCUACAUGAGCAGAUGAAAUAGAAGCAUUAAAUAUUUUUAUCUAUAUCCAAAAAGGAGCACAUUUUUAUAUUUACGAAGCCGUUUAAGCUGGUUUGGAUAAAAAAAAGAAAAGUUUCAGCACAUCUGUAACCCCCUGGUCUCGGAGGGUGCCACCAGUAUCUAGCUAUGGAUUGCGUGUUUUGUUUAGAAAUCAGUAGCUUGGUUUUCUUACUUGAGCCAAUAUAUUUUCACUUAUUUAUUAUCAUAAAAAUUUACCAGUCUGAAUAGAUCUUGUAAAUAUUUGUGAAUAGAACACCUUUCAUGCCACUGCAGCCACUGGAAAAACAUUCUGUGGUGUCCUAGAAGCAUUAUAGGUAGGUUCAAAAGUUUUCUAGACUUUCCUGUCAAUUGUAAGUACUUGUGAUAUAUUCUACGCAGUGGAUGAAUGUUCUUUAAAUUUGUGUAAAUAAUUCUGCAAAGGUACCGAUGCUGUAAAGUCAAAACAGUUUUGUGGAACUGUGAUUUUUUUUUUCUUUUUUUUUUUCUUUUUUUUUUUUUUGUAUUAUACACCUUGUAGAACUCA